CUCUCUCCUCUCUCCUCUCUCCUCUCUCCUCUCUACCCAUUGCUUCACUUUUUUCUCACUUCCGUCAAACUCUCUCUAGAGAAACUGUAGUCUCUUCAGAGGAUGGCGGUUCCGGUUGUUGAUCUCCUGAACAACUCCGAUUCAUCAUCCGAUGAAGAUUUCAGCGACUCCGAAGUAUUUUAUUCAUCGGAGGACGAAUCCAUGGAAGACGAACCGUCGGAGUCGGAAAUCACCACUGCAAAAGAAACAGAGACGAAACGUAGCGAAGAGGAGGAGGAGUUUUGGAUCCGUUAUCCUUAUUUGAAGAGUUUUCUGAGCACAAGCGUUGCUCAAGGUUUGAUUCCAGAGUACUAUGUUUUUGAGAGAGCCAAGCUUAUCGGAGAAGAGAAGGCCAAGGAGCUGAAUGAAAGAGGCGAGGCUUUGUUUCUCAAGGAACUUGAAGCGUGCAAGGACAAGUGUGAGCUCGUUGCGUCUGCCAUCCUCGCUAUGAAGUCCGUUAAAUGAUUUUCUUGAAAUCGUUGGAAACUUUUGUUUAUGAUGAUAUAGUGUCUUGGAUUGCUUUUGUUCUAUGAUGAAAUCGUUUUCGUUUAGUGUUCAAACUCCAUUAAAACACGCUAUGUAGCUUUCUAUUAGUA